AUUGCCAGAUCAAAGUGCAUUUUGCCAGUGUUAUAAAGGCGCGUAACAAACGCCAAUUGUCCGCCAAAAUGUACCCGCCACAACAACAGCAUCAACCAAAAAUACCCAUACCAAUACGACCGCGUUCAUCGCUGUCCACAGACGAACAUCAUCAUCGAAUGAAGGAUCCACAUCAUUUGCAUCGAAAGCCAAGUAAUGCUGUUCUGACACUGGCCGGGUUUUGUAUAUUCCUGCUGGUGUUGUGUGUAUUUCUGCUGGGUGCCCUGGUCUAUGUGGGUAGAAAUAUUGUUAAUGAGCGGAGUAAAACAGAUUUCUCCUACAACGAUACAAUUCUCAAAGCGGACGGCCAGCUAGGUAACGGAAACGGUAUACCACUGUCCACCAAACCCAUAUUACGUUUUCGUCCAACGGAUCAGCAGGCACAAACGCCACCACCAACAACAACAAAAGUCAUCCGCUUCAACAAAACCACACUGGCUCCCCGAAUUAUGACUGCCUCCAAAGUGUUGCAACAGUUAUCAUUCCGUUUGCCGCGGGAACUGAAACCCCAUAAAUACAAUUUAAGACUGCAGCCAGAUUUAAAGAAUAAAACAUUUUCCGGCAAUGUAACGAUAAGACUGGAAGUAUUAAAACCAAUUUCAUUUAUACCACUGCAUUCAAAGCUGCUCACUGUCGAGACCAAAGAAGUACAACAAUUAACGGACGACUUGAAGCCAUUGCGUUCUGUAACACCAUCACUGACCUUUGAACAUCCGGAAUUUCAAUAUUGGGUAACUGAAUUUGCUGAACCCCUGGAGGUGGGCAAUUAUUCAGUGCAAUUGGCAUUUAACGGUUCUUUGGUAGAUCGUAUUGUGGGUUUCUAUCAAAGUUCAUAUUUGGAUAAGAAACGUAAUGAAAAGAGAUCAAUUGCCACAUCGAAAUUCGAACCCACCUAUGCCCGCCAAGCCUUCCCUUGCUUUGAUGAACCCGACAUGAAGGCCAUGUUUACUAUUACUGUGGUCCGCCCCACCGGUGAUGGUUAUCAUGCUCUUUCCAACAUGAAUGUUGAGCACGAAGAAGAUCUUGGCAAUGGCCUCACCGAAGUCCAUUUCGCUGAAAGUGAACCGAUGAGCACUUACUUGGCCUGUUUCAUUGUUUCCGAUUUCGCAUUCAAGGAGAAAAAUGUACGCGGCGUUUUGCCCAAUGUAUCCAGCUUUAAGAUGCGUGUCUUUGCCACACCAGCUCAAGUUGAUAAAGUCGAUUAUGCUUUGAAUGUUGGUGUUGGCAUCACCGAAUACUAUAUUGAAUAUUUCAAUAUUUCAUAUCCAUUGCCAAAACUUGAUAUGGCUGCCAUACCCGAUUUUGUUUCGGGUGCUAUGGAACAUUGGGGUUUGGUGACAUACCGUGAAACCGCAUUGUUGUAUGACAAAACUAUUAGCUCAAGUGCUAAUCAGCAACGUGUUGCAACUGUGGUGGCUCAUGAAUUGGCUCAUAUGUGGUUUGGUAAUUUGGUUACCAUGAAAUGGUGGAAUGAUUUGUGGUUGAAUGAAGGUUUUGCCAGUUACAUUGAAUACAAGGGUGUUGAUCAUAUUCAUCCUGAUUGGGAUAUGCUUUCCCAAUUCCUCAUUGCCGAUUUACAUGGUGUUAUGAAAUUGGAUGCCACCUUGGCUUCUCAUCCCAUUGUCCAAACCGUGGAAAGUCCCAAUCAAAUUACUGAAUUAUUCGAUAGCAUUACCUAUUCGAAGGGUGCCUCUGUCAUCCGUAUGUUGGAAGAUUUAGUUGGUGCUGAGAAAUUCCGUAAUGCCACCACUAAUUAUUUGAAUAGAUUCUAUUUCUCCAAUGCCGAAACUAAUGACUUCCUUACUGAGGUGGAAGCUUUGAAUUUUGAUUUUGAUGUUAAAUUGAUUAUGCAAACCUUUACCGAACAAAUGGGUCUGCCCGUUGUGGAAGUUAAACGUAAUGGUAAUUCUUACACUUUGACCCAAAAGCGAUUCUUUGCCAAUCCUGAGGACUAUGAUGGCACCUAUACUGAUUCACCAUUUAACUACCAUUGGUCUAUUCCCAUAACCUAUUUCACCAGUUCCAGCUCUGAAGUCCAACGUACUAUUUUCAACUAUAAUGAUAAUGAAGUUACUGUUACCGUGCCUGGCGAAGUUGAAUGGAUUAAAUUCAAUAAAGAUCAAAUCGGUUAUUAUCGUGUCAAUUAUCCAACUGAAAUGUGGCAAUCACUCAUUGAAACACUUAAGACAAGACGUGGUGAUUUCAGUGUUUCCGAUCGUGCCCAUUUGAUUAACGAUGUAUUCGCUUUGGCCGAUGCUGGGCAAUUGCAAUAUAGCAUUGCUUUGGAUUUGAGUAAAUACUUAGAAAUGGAAAUUGACUAUGUACCAUGGAAUGUGGGUGCCUCGCGUUUAAGUGCCAUUAAGAAUUUGUUAUAUUUCACCGAUUUGUAUCGUGAUUUUGUCGAUUAUGCCCGCCAGCUAUUGAAGAAUGUAUAUCCAACUGUGACAUGGAAUGUCGAUGAUAACCAUUUGCAAAAUCUUUUGCGUGUUACUGUUCUCAAUGCUGCCUGUGGUUAUGGUGUCCCCGAAGCCUUGGAAGAGGCUGGCAAACGUUUCAAUGAAUGGUUGGAGAACCCCGCAGUAAGACCCAACCCUGACAUUCGUUCCACUGUUUACUAUUAUGGCAUGCAAAGUGUGGGCAAUGAACAAAGCUGGAAUCAAGUGUGGGAUUUGUUUGUGGCCGAACAAGAUGCCCAAGAGAAAAUCAAGCUUAUGGAAGCUUUGGCUGCCAUCAAGGAACCAUGGAUUUUGCAACGCUACAUCAACUUGGCCUGGAAUGAAAACUAUGUACGUGGCCAGGAUUACUUCACAUGCUUGCAGUAUAUAGCUCAAAACCGCAUUGGUCAAUCUUUGGUGUGGGAUUACGUGCGCGAAAACUGGCCCCGCCUGGUUGAACGUUUCGGCAUUAACGAACGUUAUUUAGGUCGCAUGAUUCCAUCGAUUACCUCCCGUUUUGCCUCUCAAACUAAAUUGGAUGAAAUGGAAGCAUUCUUCACAAAAUACCCUGAAGGUGGUGCAGGUACUGCCGCUCGCAAGGAGGCCUUGGAAAAUGUCAAGAACAACAAGAAAUGGUUGGAAGAGAAUCAGGAACAAGUACGUAAAUGGCUGGCCGAACAAAAAACGGAAACUGAUGUGACCACAGUUAAUAGCAUUAACUAA